AGCAGGCUGCAAGCUUUGCGAGCGCUGACAGAUCAGCCGUGCGCAGCAACAGGCCAGCCACGCCAGCGCGCACCGCCCGGCAGAGCAGCGCGGCAGAGCAGCGUGUUGACGGGCAGGUGCCGGCCGAGCCAUGGAGAACCUCGACAGGCAGCAGAUCGCGAUGUUGCGGAAGGCGUUCGACUCGUUCGACACCGAGAAGAAGGGCUGCAUCGGCACGGACAUGGUGGGCCCCAUCCUGGAGAUGUUCGGCCAGAAGGUCUCCGGGAACGCGCUCAAGCAGGUCAUCGCCGAGGCGGACGCUGACGGAUCGGGCGAGCUGGAGUUCGAGGAGUUCGCCAACCUGGCGGCCAAGUUCAUGGUGGAGGAGGACACGUCCAUGAUGCGGGACGAGCUGCGGCAGGCCUUCCUGCUUUUCGACAGAGAAGGCAACGGCUACAUCACCACGGAGCAGCUGCGCGAGAUCCUCUGGGAGCUGGACAACACCAUCACGGCCUCGGACAUGGACCAGAUCAUCGAGGAGAUCGAUGCCGACGGCUCCGGCACCGUGGACUUCGAAGAGUUCAUGGCAGUCAUGUGCGGGGACGACUGAAUGCACGCCGCAGGCCGCACCUACACCAUCAGAAACCCAGCUGCUGGAAUUUCAUCACAAGAAUCCACCACCCGAAUCGGCCGCGGUUGAGCUGAUCAAGAAUAAAUUUCUGUCUAAUAUGCAUUCCUAACAAAAUAAAAUGUUUAGUGUACUAAUCAAAAUUUUCUUAAAAUAAACAUUUUUUUCUGAAGUAA